UUGACUCCAGCUGCAGCAUUGUUUGGAUUCAUUUCUAUCACUAAGGAUGAAUAUCCUAAGUGGCUUCCAGAUCUUUUUGAAGAAGCAGAAAUUAAAUACCACGACAGACAUCAGUUCUCCAGCAUGUUGGAAGAAUCAGUCAAGAACUUCUGGAAGAGACACCUUUACCAUGAUUUGCCUGAAUUAGAACAAUACAGAUUCGCAUUCUCUAAUUCUUAUUUCAGUUAA